AUGAAGGAACUUUCCCCUGAUGUCCUGCUGCUGUCUUUUACACAUGUAUGUUUCCUUAGUAGUUUUCUGGACUGCGCUCGCGCUCAGGAGGCUGCAGGUGAUGAUAAUUCGCUCCGGCGGGGGUUGACAUGGCAACACAACGGCCAGGUUUUCAGCAUCCUGAGCCGCGGCUCUCAGUACCGGCCGUCUGGCAGGAGGACCACCGGGUCCCCCGGGCCGAAUAACCCUGUAGUGGUCCUCAGCAGCGUUAACGACACCGUCCCCGCCGCUUCCCGGGGCUCCCCGCGGGUCCCAGUCACCAGCGAUACUGCGCAAUUACGCGCGAUGAUGCGUCAGCACCCGCGGCCUCAGCAGCAGGCGAUCAGAAGCGACGGAGACUCUGCUCCGCUCCGACGGGAGGACAUGAUGGUCGGAGACGAUCCAUACGACCCCUACAAGGCUUCUAACUAUAACCCCUACUACAACUACUACAACUCCUACUACAGACCUAGAGCCAGGGCUCAGCCCCGGCACGGGUACGGGACCAGCUACCAUCAGAAUGGGCUCCCUGAUCUGGUUCCUGACCCGUACUACAUCCAGAUCGGCACCUACGUCCAGAGAAUGCCAAUGUACAACCUCCGCUGCGCUGCAGAGGAGAACUGCCUGGCCUCCUCUGCCAGUUCGGCCAGUGAUUAUGACACCAGGGUUCUGUUGAGGUUUACUCAGAGGGUGAAGAACCAGGGAACAGCUGACUUCCUGCCCAGUAAACCUCGAUAUUCCUGGGAGUGGCACAGCUGUCAUAAUCACUUCCACAGCAUGGAUGAGUUCAGUCUGUACGAGCUGCUGGACACUCAAACUCAGAGUCAGGUAGCUGAGGGCCACAAGGCAAGUUUCUGUCUGGAGGACACUUCCUGUGACCCGGGGUACUACCGCCGCUUCGCCUGCACCUCACACACCCAGGGUUUGAGUCCAGGUUGUUAUGACACCUACAACGCUGACAUUGACUGUCAGUGGAUCGACAUCACUGAUGUCUCUCCUGGAAAAUACAUCCUUAAGGUGACAGUAAACCCUCGGCAGCAGGUCCCAGAGUCCAACUUUAACAACAAUGUAGCCCGUUGUGAUGUCCAGUACACCGGCACCGCCGCUCACGUGUCCGGAUGCACCAUGACAUCGUAA